AUGGCGCAGAAAGAGGCAACAGUGUACAUUGUUGACCUUGGCAAGUCCAUGGGUGAGAAGCACAAUGGACGAGAAAUCAGUGAUCUGGACUGGGCCCUGACAUACAUCUGGGACAAAAUUACUACAACAAUAUCCAAUGAACGCAAAACAGCCAUGCUGGCAGUCGUCGGCUUGCGAACUGAUGGCACUCUCAACGCACUAGACAAUUCGGAUGAAGAUGCCUAUGAACACAUCACGGUCUUCAAAGAGCUUGGACAAGCAUUGAUGCCAGAUGUACGCCGGCUCAAACAGCAACUUGUGCCCAGCAAUACCGAUGUGGGUGAUGCCAUCUCUGCCUUGGUCGUGGCCAUCCAUAUGAUAACGACUGUCACCAAGAAAUUGGCCUACACUCGCAAGAUCAUCCUCGUCACCAACGGCAACGGUAGUGUAGAUGCCGAUGGCCUUGACGCUAUCACAUCAAAGUGCAAAGAGGAUGGAAUUGAGUUGGUCAUCCUUGGAGUAGACUUUGACGACCCGGAAUAUGGUGUCAAGGAAGACAACAAAAACGCCGUCAAAGAUCUUGUCGAGGAGUGCAACGGCUUGUACGGCACACUUGGCUUCGCCAUUGAUGAGAUGGUCAUUCCCCGUAUGAAGACGGUACGGCCCGUCCACUCAUACAGAGGUUAUCUCACCUUGGGCGACCCGGAGAAUUACGAUACGGCUAUGGCGAUCGACGUCGAAAGAUACCCUCGAAUCAUGGUUGCAAAAGCACCAUCAGCCAGUCAGUUUGUUGUCAGACCGAACAUGGCUCCAGGAGAAACGCAGUCACAAUUCGCGCCAUCGGACGAGGAUCUAAAGCCGAGCGACCUGGCUGCUGUCAAGAAUGCCCGCACAUACCAGGUCCCCGAUGAAGAGGCGCCAGGCGGCAAACGCGAUGUCGAGCAAGACGAACUGUCACGAGGCUUCAACUACGGAAGUACUGUGGUGCCAAUUGAGGAGGCCGACAAGAAUGUUACCGACUUUGAAAGUAAACAGGGUAUGGACAUCAUUGGCUUCGUCGUCAAAGAUCAGUACGAGAGGUAUCUAGACAUGUCCAAAACGAAUGUCAUCAUCGCUCAACGAACGAACGAGAAGGCCAUCAUGGCGCUGUCGUCGUUCAUCCGUGCUCUUUACGAGCUCGACACAUAUGCUGUGGCACGACUGGUGCCCAAGGAUGGGAAGAGUCCGACUAUGGUCUUGCUUGCGCCAUCAGUUGAUGCCGAUGCUGAGUGUCUCUUCGAAGUUGAGCUGCCCUUCGCAGAAGACUUGCGUUCUUACAGAUUCCCGGCCUUGGACAAAAUCGUCACCGUGUCUGGAAAAGAGCUCAAGCAGCAUAGAUUUCUUCCCGGCGAUGAUUUGAUGGAUGCCAUGAGUGACUACGUGGAUGCUAUGGACUUGUCCACUUUCGGCGAGGAUGACGAAGGCAAUCCUUCCGAGUAUGCGACUAUCGAGGAAACCUUCUCACCAGCUCUGCACCGUGUCAGCCAGGUUAUCAGAAGCCGAGCGAUCUGGCCAGAUGAGAAGUUACCGCCUGUUCCUGAAAUCCUGGUGAAAUAUUCCAACCCGCCACAGGAGUUGAUCAACAACGCAAAGGCUUCCUUGAAGGCCAUCGCCACCGCUGGAGACGUCAAGAAGGUCCAACCAAAGUCGAAGUCGAAGAAGGGACGCCGCGACGUCCCAAAGCCACUUUCUGGACUCGACGUUACUGCUCUUCUCUCAGCUCAAGGCGGUACCGUCAAGAUCUCACCACAGAACGCCGUUCCAGAAUUCAGGCAGCUACUGGACAGAGGCAGCCACGAAGAUGUAGAGUCAGCCUUCCAGCAACUCGGCAAGAUCGUCCGUGACUUGAUCAGAAACUCAGUUGGCGGGUCUGGCUACGCUCGUGCACUCGAGGCGACCAGAGUGAUGCGCGAAGAAGCUACCGAUUUGGAAGUGCCCGACCACUACAACGAGUGGAUGAAGAAGCUGAAGACUGAGAUCUUGAAGGAGGAGCUCAAUGGCGACAGAAAAGAUAUGUGGUUCAUGAUUAGAGCCAACCGUAUGGGCCUCAUUCAGAGCAAGGAGUGUGGUGCCAGUGGAGCGGGAGUGGGAGAGGAUGAAGCAAAGGAGUUUCUAUCGGUCAGACUGAGCAUUUGA